AUGGGCCCAGGUCCCCUCAUCGCGCUAAUCGUCACCACACCAGCGAUCACAUCGGCGCUCUUUCGGAGCACAGCGCCCACUGUGCCACGCUCUGCCACCGCCGCCGCUCUGCGCUGCCGGACGGUGCUUUCGGCCGCCGGCCCCGCCGAGCUGGAAAAGACCGCCGAGCUGAAGAGGCUGGCGCGUGAGUUCGUUCUGAACGACGGCUUCCACCAGCCUGCCAAGCCGGAGAUGCUCAGCGACGACUUUGUCUGGUUCGGCCCGAUCGUGGGCCCGCUCAACAAGCAAGACUUCCUGGGGACCGUGGGCCUCUUCGCCGUCUGGGAUGGUUUCCCUGACAUGAAGAUGUCGCUCUCCGACUUCACACAGGAUCCGACCGAGCCCAACCGAUUCUGGGCCAUCCUGCGGCUCUCGGGGACGCAUUCUGGCACGCAGCAGUCCGGGACAGGGAUGAGUUUCCCUCCUUCCGGCGCAGCACUGGACGUCGGGCCGCAGUGUGUCAGCGUGACCUUCGACGAGGAGGGGCUCGUCACGCGGUACACGGGGGGCUACAUCGUCGAUCGGCGGCAGGGCACGACGGGCGAGUUCGGCGGCUUCUUCGCAAUCACAAAGACGGUCGGCGGCUUCCUGCCUGGCAUGCGACUCGCCAAGGUUUUGAAUUGGGUGGGCGCAAAGCUGAAGCGAUUUCCGAAAGCCCGCUCGCACGAGGCCGACCUGCCCACGCGGUGGAAGGGACAGGGGCGCUCGCACGGGGUGCGCACGGACGAGGCGUGGUGA